CCCCAGCUCGUGACCUCAUCCGAGAGUACCACGACGUUUUCCCAUCGUCGUUCUCGUACGCCGGCAUCCCACCGAUGCGUGACGUCGAGCACUCCAUUCAGCUCGUGCCUGACUAUCGUGUUCACCACCAGGCACCCUACAGACUCUCGAUCCCCGAGGCCACCGAACUCAAGCGUCAGCUUGAGGAACUCCUGAGACUAGGUUUCAUUAAGCCCAACAACUCCUCGUGGGGUGCACCCGUCCUCUUUGCUCGCAAAGCGGAUGGAACUCUUCGUCUCUUCAUCGACUACCGCGACCUCAACCGCUACACAGUUAAGAACAGCUACCCCAUGCCUCGUUCCGAUGAGUUGUUCGACCGCCUAGCAGGCAACCGCUUCUUUACAAAGAUUGAUCUUCGUAGCGGUUACCAUCAGAUCCGCGUCGGUGCAGCCGACCAGCCGAAGACCGCGUUCCGAUCGCGAUUCGGCUACUACGAGUUCACGGUGAUGCCAUUCGGCCUCACCAACGCACCCGCUACCUUCCAGAGGGCGAUGAACGACAUCUUCAGGGACAUUCUGGAGCAGUACGUUCUCGUCUACCUCGACAAUAUCCCGGUCUAUAGUCGUACCCUUGAGCAGCACCUCAGACACCUCCGCGACGUCCUUGACCGCUUGCGCAGACAUGGCUUCUAUGCCAAGCUAAGCAAGUGCCGCUUUGCCCAACACAAAGUGGAUUUCUUAGAACACUAUGUGUCUGAUUAGGGUCUCUACAUGGACGACGAGAAUAUCACUGGUAUUGCGGAGUGGCCUGCUCCCACAUC